AUGCCCCCUGGGCCACCUACCCUGCCAUUCAUUGGAAACAUCCACCAGAUCACCAAGAAGUACACCCAUAUAAAAUUCACCGAAUGGGCCGCCCAAUAUGGCGGGUUGUAUAUGCUCAAGAUUGGAAAUGGCAACAUGGCCGUCAUCACCGAUCGUCGAAUUGUCAAAGAAGUCCUCGAUCGCAAGAGCGGCAUCUACAGCCACCGCCCCCAUUCUUAUGUGUCACACGAGCUUAUCACUAAAGGCAAUCACCUUCUGGUCAUGCAUUAUGGCGACCAGUGGCGCACCUUCCGCCGACUGGUUCACCAACACCUGAUGGAGACUAUGGUAGAAAGCCAACACACCACUAUCGUCAACGCCGAGGCUAUACAGCUGGUGCGAGACUAUAUGGUCGACCCGGAGCACCAUAUGGCGCAUCCGAAGCGAUACAGUAACAGUAUCACCAACUCGAUCGUGUUUGGUAUCCGCACGGCCAACAGGGAGGGAUCCAACAUGCGACGACUUUACAAACUCAUGGAAGAAUGGUCGGAAGUAAUGGAAACAGGCGCAACACCACCAGUAGACAUGUUCCCCUGGUUGAAAAUGAUACCACAGUGGAUGUUUAACAACUACGUCUCUCGGGCCAAGGCUAUCGGCGUGCAGAUGGAGACCCUCUAUGUCGAUAUCCUGAAGAAGGUAAUCAAGCGACGGGAGGAUGGUCAUAACAACGGCACAUUUAUGGACAAGGUCCUGGAUAGCCAGGAAAAACAUAACCUCCCCUGGCACCAGCUGGCCUUUAUCGGUGGUGUUCUGAUGGAAGGUGGCUCAGACACUAGCUCCAGUCUCACCCUGGCUAUUGUACAAGCAUUGAUCCAAAACCCCGAGGUCCAGCGAAAGGCACAGGCUGAGAUUGACGCCGUUGUCGGCCACGACCGGUCGCCCGUCUGGGAGGACUUUGAGCGGCUUCCUUAUAUCAACAUGAUUGUCAAGGAAGGUCACCGAUGGAGGCCCAUCCUUCCACUCUGUUUCCCCCAUGCACUAGGAGAAGACGACUGGAUCGAUGGAAAAUUCCUCCCCAAAGGCACGACAGUUGUGAUCAACACAUGGGGAAUGCACAUGGAUCCAUCCCAACCCGACGACCCAGCUGCUUUCAUCCCCGAGCGCUUUGCCAAGCACCCUCAACUGGCUCCCGACUAUGUCCCGGGGACAUGGGAGCGCCGCGAUCACUACGGCUACGGAGUUGGUCGCCGGAUCUGUCCGGGCAUUCACCUGGCUGAGCGCAACAUGUUCCUAGCCAUUGCUAAACUGCUAUGGGCAUUUGAAUUCCAGCCGGGAGAGGGCCAGAUGGAUUCUGAUCCUGUGACUGGGUACCACAACGGCUUCCUUUACUGUGCCAAAGACUACCCUUGUCGACCUGUAGUACGCAACGAGACCAUCCGGGCGACUAUUGAGAGAGAGUAUAAGACUGCGACUGCAGAUGUGUUUUCCCGGUUCACUGAGGGAUAG